CGUUGCGGUGGCAGAUGGCGACGUGCCGCUGCACGGAUGCGGCAGUCUGGACCCUUCGGGAACGGCUCGGCGCCUUGGGUCAUAGCCGCGUUGGCGGCAGUUGCGGUGCUGCAAAAAACAGGCGGUGACGCGACGCUUCCAGUAGUAGCAUCGUGCGUACCCUCGCCUUCUUGGUCCCAACGGCAAGCAAGUUGCAUUUGGAACCGCAACCUGGCGCGUGAUUGGCCGCGCCCUUGGGAUCGCGAAGGCGAUUGGCUCGUUUUAUUGCACUGGGCAGCCGAGAUUGGCGGUCACUUUUGGAUUUGCCAUGUGCGACGUCGAACCGCGCAAGUAUGCGUACAUUCCGCUGCUGCUCAACCCGGUCUUCCCCGGCGAGCCCUCGGCCGCGUCAAUCCUCCUCGAGAUGCACCACCAGCUCAGCCUUGAGACCUCGCCCCGCGUCCGGAAGCGCCAGCCCUGCAAGGUCCAGGGCUGCGGCCAGAUCAGCAUCCGCUACGGACUCUGCUCGGGCCACGGCGGCCGCUACGUGUGCAAGAUGGACGGCUGCGACAAGCUCGUCACCAAGGAAGGUGUGUGCACGGCUCAUGGUGGCCGCUACUACUGCAUCGUCCAAGGCUGCACCAAGCAGCGGUUGAAGAGCGGCCUCUGCUUUGCACACGGCGGCGUCUCGUACUGCAGCGUGCCGGGCUGCAACAAAACACGCCAGAAGCGAGGUCUUUGCAAGUCCCAUGGUGGUGUCGCCUACUGCAAGAUCGAAGGCUGCAGCAAAGUCAGCAAUGCCAAGGGUCUCUGCCGUGACCACGGCGGUGUCACGUACUGCCGAUCGCCCGGCUGCCAGAACCUCACGCAGCGCGGGGGUCUUUGCCGCAAGCACGGCGGCUUCUCGUACUGCCAGGUCCCGACGUGUAACAAGGGCUCGAUCAAGGGUGGGUUCUGCCGCGCCCAUGGCCACGACCACGACGGCAACGCGACGAGCCCCCGUUGAUGCCCCGUCAAAUCUUUAUCCGGCUUUGCUGGCCCCUCCGGUUGCGUGAAAAUGGACUCGCGUGGUGUUAUUUUUGUAGUUUAACGUACCUUUUGAAUACAUAAUCUGAAUUGUGA